GCCGGAAUUCCCAUCACUACUGUGCCGACUGGUCGAUGGCCAUUUCUUGCGUGUUCUUUCCUAACAAGUCAUUUUUGAGGUUUGUCACUCACGGUAGCUAUGGUGAAGCUACGCUUUUUGUAUAUAUCCGUAAUGUAUACAACGUUGCUUUGUAAUCAGUCAACCUAGCGGGCCGCACACAAAGGCAAACGAAAAGCUACGUCGAGCUUUGCUAACUGCAGCGAUUUUCCAGAAGGCUCCGCAAAGCAUGCUGGGAUGAGAUCUCCGUCUGUCCCCGCCCGCCUCGCGAAAGUGCCGGUCACGUGACCAAGGGCCUCCUCCCACCGUAGAUCAUCGAGCGCUCCCGGCUCUCACAGGUCCGUUCGAUUCGGCCCGUCUUUGGGGGGCGGGUGGGUCCACUCCGUUGCCGUGAGUGCCGGAAGGACGGCCGACUGACUAGGAGACAAGAGUUGUCAAUCACCAGCGGUCCGCUCCGACGUCCGGUCGUGAGCGAGCUUUAGCAACUUAGCAGGCUAGUCGGGAGGAAGGAAGGAAGAGGUCCAAGCGGGGGUCCAGGUAUGUGGUCCGGACGCACCAGCUCGGCGAUGGGCGGACCGGAGCCGCGUCCGAGCGGCUACUUAGCAUUUCGCACUUAGGGGUAGUACCCCGGUAUCACGCGGCCGCUUGACGACGAUGGACUCCCGCACCCCCAACAUGACGGCGAGCUCUUACAAAAUGAGCGAGGAUGACGUCAGGCGGCUGAUCGAGUUCAGAGCCUCCAACGAACUUCUCUUCAACGGAAAGAGAAACUCCGCCAAGAAAGCCUGGAGCACCAUCUUGACGGGCUUGGACCUGCAAGGGAAACUGACACCCGAGCAGAUCGCCAAAAAGUGGGACAAUCUGCGUACCAAAUACAAGGACCUGAAGCAACCCUACCAGUCGACGGGCUGGGAUCACGCGGGGGGCGCGGCCGAGUCGUGGCCGUGGUUCCGCCUGAUGGACGACGCCAUGCACGGUCGCCUGUACAACAGUCACAUGGUGCUGAGCGCGCUGGACGAUAGCCGGCGGCGGGACGACGACGACAUCCUGGAGUUCCUCAUCAAGACCGAGAUGGAUGACUCGGUCGCCGCCGAGAGCACCGACGAGGACGGCUCUGGCGCCGAGCCCGUCGAGCCUCCCGACGGUCUCCCCGUGGGCCGGAGGAGGAUGAGCGAGAGCUCCUACAAAAGCUCGACCAAUCAACCCGCACACUUAAUUCCACUUGUCAUAUGUUGCGAUGAUGUCACCGCAUUGCAGCGCAAUGACAUCACGGCCCCCUUUUUUUUUCGUUGCGCCGGCAGUGUCGGAAGCGGAGACGGAGCGUCUCAUCAAGGUCCGCGCCUCCAACGAGGCCAUCUUUACCGGCAGGAGGAACUCGGCCAAGCCGGCGUGGAGGGCCGUGCUUCACGAGCUGGGCCUUCAGGGCAAGAUGAGCACCGAGCAACUGGCCAAGAAGUGGGACAACCUGAAGAGGAGGUACAAGGAGCUGAAGUUCCCCCCGCCCGGCACGGAGUCCAACCCGGACUCGUGGCCGUGGUUCCGCCACAUGAACGACGCCGCCGAGGGCCGCCUAGCCGGCGCCGCGCCCGCCCUGGAGCCCGUCGUCGUCGCCGCCGAGGACGAAGACUGCGAAACGUUGACCCCGGCGCCGAGGAAGCGAGCCCGCAGGAGUCGCGCCGGCAUGGCCGAGUUCUUCACCGAGUCGGAGAUCGACAUGCUCGUCGGCGGCCGGGACAGAAACGCUUCUUCGGCUUUGGGAGAACUCCAGCGCGGCGUGUCCGACUUAAGCUACAAACGGGCAUCGUGAAGGAGAUGGGCCUGACGGGGAAGAUCACGCCCGACCAGGUGGCCAAGAAGUGGGACAACCUCAAGACCAAGUUCAAGGAUCUGAAAUUCCCCCCCCGUGGGGCAGAGCCCCAGAGCGGGGCAGCAUCCUGGCCGUGGUUCCAGCUGAUGAGCGACGCCCUGGAGGGUCGCCUGGCGGGCAAAGGGGGGGCCCAGGUGGCGCCGGUAUGGAGCGCAGAGGACGAUACCGUUUCGGGCUCGGCCGCCGCAGCGACGGCGGAGGUGGCCGCCUGCGAGGUGGACCGAACCCAGAAGGUCGCUGACCUCGGCCUCUCGGACGCCAACGUCACCUACAUCGACGCCAGCGGCGAGGAAUGCGCCGCCCCUACCGAGCUCUCCUACAAAUUGAGCGACCAGGACACUCGGCGCUUGAUCACCCUGCGAGCUGCCAACGAGGUUCUGUUCACCGGCAGGAGAAACGCCGCCAAGGCCGCUUGGAAGUCCAUCAUCCAGCAGCUGGACCUCCAGGGAAAGGUGUCCACCUCCCAGGUGGCCAAAAAGUGGGACAAUCUCAAACGCAGGUUCAAGGACCUCAAGUACCCCCCCGCAGGCAUGGAGAACGUGACGGAGAGCGCCGCCUCCUGGCCAUGGUUCCAUCUGAUGAAUGACGCCAUGGAGGGUCGCCUGGUGUGCGGCGGCGCCCCCCUUCCGGGCCACGUCGACCGGGACGGCGAGACUGUCCCCGGGCCGCCGGUGGGGGACGGCGGGAACCAGGCGGCGCUGGAGCGGGAGUGGGCGGCGGUGCGGGCGCAGCGGGAAUGGCUGGAGCGGGAACGGGCGGAGCUGGAGAAGGAACGCUCCUUGCUGGAGCAGGACAGGGCGGCGCUGGAAAGGGAGAGGGACCUUCUGGACCAGAGGGCCCUCAUGCUCGCCACGGACUCGCACUCGACACACAUCGGCAGCAUCAUGUAGAUGUCCAGCGGGGGGCGCUCUUGGACGACUUUCUACGUUCUUCUUGACAUGUCGCCGACUGUCUACAUUGUCGCACGUGAACACUGUGAAGAUGACAGCAGGAAGAUGGACGCACGUUUUGUAUAUAUUUGACUUCUAAGUGAGGCAGGGCUUCAUUCAUUGUGCCUCGUGAAUAUUACAGACUUUUUCAGACAUUAAAAAAAUUAAAAUGCUACCAAAAUCUUA